CUACACACAGCACCAUUCCAUUCGAACCAACUCGAAAACAGCAACAUGGAAGAGGAUAUCGAGGUUAUAGCUCGACAUGUUACAGCUACGUCUGCCCAUCAGCACGACGACUACGAGAACAGCGCCCUGAACCCACGGCCAGGUAGCAAGCUCGAUCCUCACUCUGAUCACUUUGACGUGUUAGCUUGGACAAAAGCUUUCAUCGCGGAGUUUGAUGCAGAUGCGAAUUGCCCAACUCGUCGGAGGGUAGACGUUGCUUGCCAAAACUUGAGUGUCUUUGGCUACGGCAGAGGUCCUCAAUACCAGCAAAAUGUCGGAAACAUUGUGAUGGGCGCUGCCCAAUAUUUGUCUAGGAAAAUGAUCGGACAAACCAAUCAACACGUCAAUAUCCUACAUCGGUUCGAUGGCAUAGUAGAGCCAGGCGAAAUGCUACUAGUCCUUGGCCCCCCAGGAUCGGGAUGCUCGACUCUCCUGAAAACUCUAGCAGGGCGAACCGAGGGGCUUAGUGUUACAGUGGAUUCUUCCAUCAAUUUUCGAGGAAUUGACCCCAAACAUAUGCACACUUGGUUUCGUGGCGAUGCGCUUUACAAUGCCGAGGUUGAUGUCCAUCUGCCUGCCCUCACAGUAGGUGACACCCUCGACUUUGCAGCUGGAGCACGGGUCCCCGCGAAUAUUCCUGGCGGUUUUACCGCCCAACAAUUCGCCCGCAUCUGGCGCGAUGUUACUAUGGCUAUGUUCAGGAUCAGCCAUACCGUCAACACCAAGGUUGGUGACGAUUAUUUGCGAGGUGUGUCUGGGGGCGAACGGAAGAGGGUCAGCAUCGCUGAAGCAGCUCUGGUGCGGGCCAAGCUUCAGUGUUGGGACAAUAGCACUCGCGGCCUGGAUAGUGAUAACGCUAUCUCCUUCUGUAAGACUCUACGUGUGCAAGCGGAUGUGAUGGAUAUUGCAGCAGUCGUCGCAAUUUAUCAAGCUCCCCAGACUGCAUAUGGGGUUUUUGACAAGGUCACUCUACUCUAUGAUGGACGUCAGAUAUAUUUCGGCAGGACGAAAGAUGCGAAACAGCAUUUUGAACGACUUGGAUUUGAUUGUCCAGAGCGGCAGACGACGGCUGAUUUCCUGACGUCAAUGACAUCGCCCACUGAGCGCCGAAUCCGGCCUGGAUAUGAAGACACUGUGCCGCAAACUCCAGAUGAGUUUGCUGCCCGAUGGUACACGUCACCCGAAUGGGAAUCACUGCUUAUAGAGCUGCGAGCAUAUGAAGACACUCACCCCAGCGAUGAGCGUUUUAAUGAGUUUGCAGCGUGUCAUGGAGCAGAGCAUAGUCCUUACCAGCGAUUGAAGUCCCCAUAUACGAUAUCUUACCUCUCUCAGGCGCAAUUAUGUCUUUGGCGAAGCUGGAGACGCCUUGUUGCCGACCCCUCUUUCACUGUCGCCCAGCUUUUGUUCAACCUCAUCAUGGGGUUUGUGCUGGGUAGCAUGUUCUACAACCUAUCGCCAGACACGAAUAGUUUCUAUUAUCGCGGGGGGUUGAUCUUUUUCUCUAUGCUUUUCAAUGCAUUUGCCAGUGAGCUUGAGGUUCUCACGCUCUAUUCUCAAAGGCCAGUAGUCGAAAAGCACAAUCGAUACGCGUUAUACCACCAGUCGGCCGAAGCGAUGGCAAGUUACAUCAUGGAGCUGCCUUACAAGACAAUCAAUACCAUAACCUUCAACUCGGUGCUCUAUUUUUUAUCUCACCUCCGGAGAGAGCCUGGGCCCUUCUUUAUCUUUAUUCUUACAAGCUUCCUUAUAUUGCUUACUAUGUCGGGAAUAUACCGUACAGUGGCUUGCCUGACUCGAACGUCACAUCAAGCUAUGGUUCCAACAGCUAUCCUCACGCUAGGCCUAAUGCUGUACAGCGGCUUUACAAUCCCAAUCGACUUCAUGCGAGGAUGGGCGCGGUGGAUCAACUACAUUAAUCCUUUAGCCUACGGGUUCGAAGCUUUAAUGUUGAACGAGCUUCAUGGACGGCAAUUCGAAUGUGGCCGCAUCAUACCAUCUGGUCCGGGAUAUGAUGGUCUGUCCAAUUCUGAGACUGCUUGCCCAGUUGUUGGUGCUAUCGUUGGUUCCACGACAGUCAGCGGCAGUGCGUACUUGGAACAGUCAUAUGGGUACUACAGUUCUCACAAGUGGAGGAAUAUCGGCAUACUCUUUGGUUAUGCCUUCUUCUUCUUCCUCAUGUACGUCGUGGCGGCAGAGUACGCGCGACCGCCAGAUAAUAAGGGAGAAGUCCUCGUAUUCAGGCGCGGCAACGUGCCCCGUUCUCUCAAACCUUCAUCCAGCACAGACGUAGAGCUUCAGUUACAGGAGCGCGAUGUCAUGACGGAAACUUCACCAUCCCCAGCUAGAUGCGAAACACCACAACUAGAGCACUUGAGUCCGAGCAAGUGUGGAAAGCCAAUUUUCCACUGGGAGGACAUUUGCUACGAUAUUGAUGUCAAAGAGGGUCAACGCCGAAUCCUAGAUCAUGUCGACGGUUGGGUUCAGCCCGGUGUCACAACAGUGCUAAUGGGCGCAUCCGGGGCGGGUAAAACUACGCUUCUAGAUUCAUUGGCAGGACGGAUAACCAUGGGUAUUCUGAGUGGGAGCACCUUGGUCAAUGGAAAGGCAACCGAUCUGUCGUUCCCCCAUCGAGUCGGGUAUGUCCAACAACAAGACCUCCACCUGGAAACCAUGACCGUCCGUGAAGCUCUAGAGUUCAGUGCUCUCUUGAGACAGAGCUCUGAAAUUUCACGAACCGAGAAGCUAGCAUAUGUGGACGAGGUCAUCGAGAUGCUAGACAUGGAGGAAUUUGUUGAUGCAGUUGUCGGCAUUCCGGGGGAGGGGUUGAAUAUUGAGCAGCGGAAACGUCUGACAAUCGGUGUUGAACUUGCUGCCCGACCCCAGCUCCUUGUUUUCUUCGAUGAGCCAACAUCGGGUCUGGACUCUCAAACAUCAUGGGCCAUCUGCAAUCUGAUCGAGAAGCUAGCUCGAAGUGGUCAGGCUGUGUUGUGUACUAUUCAUCAGCCGUCUGCCAUGCUUUUUUCUCGCUUUGAUCGAUUAGUUUUGCUGCAAUCGGGCGGUAGAACAGUAUACUUCGGCGGUAUGUUAACUCUGUUCAGACUAAAGUGUCCAACUAACCUGGGAGAAGAUAUUGGCCAAGACUGUCGAACUGUCAUAGACUACCUCGAACGGAAUGGAGCGCCGCCAUGCCCUCCCGAAGCUAAUCCCGCAGAAUGGAUGCUCCAAGUGACGUUACCCUCUCCCGGAGGUUGCUGUUGGUUCGAAAAGUGGCGUUCGUCUCCCGAGUAUAUCGAGACGAAAGCCGAACUCGGUCGACUGCGACAGGGCACCACGGCCCUUCAGCCCUUUUAUCAUGAAGACGGGGCACCGCAACGAAAUGAAUUUGGCGCUACCUACUGGACACAGUUCCGUGAGGUUUUCUUUCGCGUUUUGAAGCAUUUCUGGAGGUCACCAGUCUACAUAUGGUCUAAGCUGUCGGUGACAGUCCUGUUUUCGCUCUUCGUUGGUUUCAGUUUCAAAACAAACAACAGUCUGCAGGGAUUGCAGAACCAACUCUAUGCAGUUUUUAUGUGUCUACUCACCUUUAACCCCCUAAGCAAGCAGAUAAUGCCCAUGUUCAUUCCCCAGAGAGCUCUUUACGAGGCCCGCGAACGGCAUUCGAAAAUCUAUCGUUGGACAACUUUUCUUUUGUCGAAUAUUCUGAUAGAAAUUCUGUGGAGUACACUGGGCGCUGCUCUAUUUUUCUUUUGCUGGUAUUAUCCUGCCGGUUUUGUUCAGAAUGCCGCCCCGGACGAUAUUCAUACUCGAGGCUUCACCGUCUUCCUCUUUAUCUGGCAGCUUAUGCUCUGGACAUCGACGUUUUCUCAGCUAGCGAUCAUCGGGUUUGAUACGGCAGAUCUUGCAGGCGUCCCCGCUUCAUUGGUUUCGGUCCUUUGCAUUGCUUUUUGUGGCGUUGGGGUGGCUCGCGCUGAUCUCCCGGCUAUCUGGAGCGACUUCAUGUACCAUGUAUCCCCUAUGACAUAUCUGGUCAGUGGUGCUUUGACGACAAGUCUACAUGGAUCAAACGCGGAGUGCACGCUCAAAGAAAUCGUCAGAGUACCGGUCAAGAAUGGCAUAGAUUGCAACGCCUUCCUAGCUCCGUUCAUGGAGCGUACAGGGGGGUAUCUGCUGGAUUCCAGGACGGCUAGUGAAUGUUGGUACUGCCCGACUGCAACAACGGAUCAAUACCUGGAGCUUUUCGAAAUGUCGUAUACAGACAGGUGGCGAAACUUUGGUAUUUUGUGGGUGUAUAUCAUCUUCAACAUUGCUGCGAUCUGCGGAGUGUAUUGGCUCACUAGGGUUCCUAAAGGACAAAGGAUGAAUGGAGUAUAA